GUCAUAUUGGUAGGAGACAAUCCAGCUAGUCAUAUCUAUGUCAGAAACAAGAUAAAAGCAGCUGCGGCUGUAGGCAUUUCUAGUGAGAUCAUACUGAGGCCUAAAGACAUUUCUCAGGAAGAACUCUUAGAUAUGACGGAAAAACUUAACAAGGAUUCAAGAGUUAGUGGUUUAUUAGUUCAGCUACCUCUCCCAGAUCACAUAGAUGAAAGAACAGUUUGUAACGCUAUCGCACCUGAAAAGGAUGUGGAUGGAUUUCAUAUUAUGAAUAUUGGACGUCUGUGUCUCGAUCAGCCUUCUAUAAUACCUGCCACUGCUGCUGCCGUGUGGGAAAUCAUAAAACGGACAGGAAUACAGACACUUGGAAAAAAUGUUGUUACUGAUGGAGAGCAUGAAAGGCCUGGAGGUGAUGCUACAGUGACCAUUACUCACAGAUACACACCAAAAGAGCAGCUCAAGAUCCAUACGCAACUCGCUGACAUCGUAAUAGUCGCUGCAGGUAUCCCAAAGUUGAUUACAGCCGAUAUGGUCAAAGAAGGGGCAGCUGUGAUUGAUGUAGGCAUCAACCAUAUCCACGAUCCUCUUACAGGAAAGACCAAAUUAGUUGGGGAUGUGGACUUUGAAGACUACACAGAGCAGCCCAAGCUCUUGAAGCUUAUGCAGACCUGCCUUGAAGAACACCACAGCUAUUGUAUCAACGGCCUCUGUGCUUUCCACAGCGAACUGAGGAAACCCAUAUGCAAGUGCCUUGCAGGUUAUAAUGGAGAGAGGUGUGAACAUUUAACACUAAAUUCAUAUGCACAUAAUUCUUACGAACGCUACAUUGCUGUGGGAAUUGGUGUAGGAAUACUGACAAGUGGGAUACUUGCUAUCAUCUACUGCUACAUAAGAAAGAGAUGCCGGAAAUUGAAAUCACCCUACAAAGUCUGCGUGGGCGAGACGGCGUUGUGAAGAUCUGGCGUUGGGACACUUACCAAGUUGCCUGUAAAGGAGAGGAAGUUCUGCUGGGAAGGCCACCCUGCGCCAUCUGGCAGGUACCCCAGCCUCGCUGAUGACAUGAAAUAAAGGGAAUGACAGAGCAAGUACAUAACAGCAAUUCCUGCAGAACUGAUGGGCUCCAUUCACUUUUGAGAAGGACUUCCUCUUUUGAGUAAAGGUUGCUAGAUGAGCAGGUUCAAACAGCUAAGGAUACUUGCAGCCCUCUCAACACUCUCCUGUGGUUGGUAUUUGCUGAGGGGAGGACUGGUUGGUUUUAGCUGUUGUCAGUCAUUUCAAGCCCUAGUAGGGUGUUCUGCUCUAGUAUUUUCUGUCAUCUUUCCCCCCCACCCCCCUUGGUCUUCUUUCUCCUCUGGAGGGAAAGCACAACCUGUCUCACAACGGAAUUGUGUUCUGAACAUCAUAUGCUGACAAGAAACCCUUUGGGUUCUGAUUUCAGUGUCCGCUGCCUGGGUGUGUGGAUAAACAGCCCUCUUGCAACACAGCAGUUAUCUUCAGUGUGCUAAGCAAAGCAUAGGCUUCUGUUGCCAUAAAGGACAAAAUUAUGGAAUGCUUUGGACUGAGGAAAAUUGAUGGUUCUCAGAAGCUUACUUAAACUUAGGAAGAGAGAGUAAGCAAUUCCUGGAAAAUUAGGUUAUGACACCUCUGGGCAUGGCAAGUUCUCACUAUUUUCAUAAGCAAAGGAAUGGGAAAUCUCUCUCAAAAUGGACUAUUGAGCGUGCUUGUGACCAAGAAAUCUACUCUUCCCUACCAACAUAUAGCAGCUCAUCAGAUUCACGGGACUUCAGGCAGACUGUUACCUUGCUGCACCGCGAUUUCAUCACAAGCCUUAAUGUUAUUAGAGCACCUGGAAUUGUGUUAUGAAACUUCAGUAUUAGCUUAGCCCAGGAAACACUCUCUUUAUUCCGUUGUCGCAUUACGUGCACAAUAUGACCACUUAAGUAGGAAAGAAGCGACCGUAAGGAUUUUGUUCCACCCUGGACGAACAGAUUACAUAUCAGCUGCUUAUUUUGUUUCAUCCUGUCUACAAAGAAUCAUGAAGGUAAAAAGAUUUUGUUCAAGGAACGGGGAAGAAAAUUGAUUCUGAAGAUGGCGGCUGACAGCUAGAGUGUUUGCCAGUGCUCAUGAGACUGGAGAUGGCUCCCAGAUAUUCAUUUCAGCUGUUGCAUGUUGUAGAUGCAUCUGCUAUGCUCAGUCAUCUAUGAGAAAAAGGCAGUUCGGUACUCUGCGAUUUGUUUGGGAUGAUAAGGCUCCUAAAUUUAGGUGCCCAGCUGGAAAGCUCAAUUUCUUUGUUAUGUGAGUUAAUUUUCACAACGGGAUUUGUGUCACUUGUCGAAAAAACCCUGUGUACAAUGCCAAUGCUGAAAUGUGUAUGAAAGACUGGGUUUUGAAAGCGUAAAUGUACAUUUGGCACUCGAGGGGUCUGAAGUUCAGUGGGCUUCUCACACAGGGGGAUUCUGGUCAGUAGCUGAGUCGUCUUGGCUCUCCAUUUGAUAGCAAUAAAUAAAACAUGUGUCACAGUUUGGUUGGAGUCCCCGGGUAACAGACUGGAGCGAGCGACGUGUGUACACAGAAAGGACUGUUGGUGAGGAGCUGGAUGGAGACAGCCACCACUCCUUUCCUCUGCACAUUGACAUCAGCAUUCUGAAAGAGGCACUGGGCUC